GGAGGAGGAGGAGGAGGAGGAUCAUCCUUAAGAAUUUCGAGCAGCAAAGGCUCCCUUGGUGAAGGAUUUAGCUCAGGGGGGUUCAUUGGUGGCUCCUUUAGCCGUGAGAGCUCUGUUAGGGGCGGAUUUGGGGGCUCAUCAGGUGGCUAUGGAGGAUUAGGAGGUUUUGGUGGAGGUAGCUUUGGUGGAAGCUAUGGAAGUAGCAGCUUUGCUGGGGGUUAUGGAGGCAGCUUUGGAGGGGGCAGUUUCGGAGGUGGCAGCUUCGGUGGGGGCGGCUUUGGUGGAGGCUUUGGUGGUGGAUUUGGAGGAGAUGGUGGCCUUCUCUCUGGAAAUGAAAAAGUAACCAUACAGAAUCUGAAUGACCACCUGGCUUCCUACUUGGACAAAGUUCGAGCUCUGGAAGAAUUAAACUAUGAGCUGGAAGGAAAAAUCAAAGAGUGGUAUGAAAAGCAUGGCAACUCACACCAGGGGCAGCCUCGUGACUACAGCAAAUACUACAAAACCAUCGAUGACCUUAAAAAUCAGAUCCUCAACCUAACAACUGAUAAUGCCAAUAUCCUGCUUCAGAUCGACAAUGCCAGGCUGGCAGCUGAUGACUUCAGGCUGAAGUAUGAGAAUGAGGUAGCUCUGCACCAGAGCGUGGAGGCUGACAUCAACGGCCUGCGUAGGGUGCUGGAUGAGCUCACCCUGACCAAGGCUGACCUGGAGAUGCAGAUUGAGAGCCUGACUGAAGAGCUGGCCUAUCUGAAGAAGAACCACGAGGAGGAAAUGAAAGACCUUCGAAAUGUGUCCACUGGUGAUGUGAAUGUGGAAAUGAAUGCUGCCCCAGGUGUUGAUCUGACUCAACUUCUGAAUAACAUGAGAAGCCAAUAUGAACAACUUGCUGAACAAAACUGCAAAGAUGCUGAAGCCUGGUUCAAUGAAAAGCAAGGGACUACAGAAAUUGAUAGUAACAUUGAACAGAUGUCCAGCCAUAAAUCUGAGAUUACUGAAUUGAGACGUACUGUACAAGCUCUGGAGAUAGAACUACAGUCCCAACUGGCCCUGAAGCAAUCCCUGGAAGCCUCCUUGGCAGAAACAGAAGGUCGCUACUGUGUGCAGCUCUCACAGAUUCAGGCCCAGAUCUCCGCUCUGGAAGAACAGUUGCAACAGAUUCGAGCUGAAACCGAGUGCCAGAAUACUGAAUACCAACAACUCCUGGAUAUUAAGAUCCGACUGGAGAAUGAAAUUCAAACCUACCGCAGCCUGCUAGAAGGAGAGGGAAGUUCCGGAGGCGGCGGACGCGGCGGCGGAAGUUUCGGCGGCGGCUACGGCGGCGGAAGCUCCGGCGGUGGCCACGGCAGUAGUUCCGGCGGCGGCCACGGAGGCGGAAGCUCCGGCGGCGGCAGCUCCGGCGGCGGCUACGGGGGCGAAAGCUCCGGCCGCGGCCACGGCGGCAGUUCCGGCGGCGGCUACCGGGGCGGAAGUUCCGGCAGCGGCGGCGGCGGCGGCGGCAGCUCCAUCGGAGGCCUCAAGUCCUCCUCUUCCGGGUCCGUGGGCGAGUCUUCAUCUAAGGGACCAAGAGACUAACAAAACCAGAGUAAUCAAGACAAUUAUUGAAGAGGUGGCACCCGACGGUAGAGUCCUUUCAUCUAUGGUUGAAUCAGAAACCAAGAAACACUACUAUUAAACUGCAUCAAGAGGAAAGAGUCUCCCUUCACACAGACCAUUAUUUACAGAUGCAUGGAAAACAAAGUCUCCAAGAAAACACUUCUGUCUUGAUGGUCUAUGGAAAUAGACCUUGAAAAUAAGGUGUCUACAAGGUUGUUUUGUGAUUUCUGUAUUUCUUUUUUUCACUUUACCAGAAAGUGUUCUUUAAUGGAAAGAAAAACAACUUUCUGUUCUCAUUUACUAAUGAAUUUCAAUAAACUUUCUUACUGAUGCAAACUA